AUGUUCGGGUCGCAGCCCAUCGAGGGACUACUAGGCGCUCCGGAUGGCCCGAACUCCGUUAGCACCUCCGUCUGCACGUCGUCAGCAGUCACGGCCGCGGCGGCCGCGGCGUGCUGCCUGCCGCGCAGACGCAGCAUCUCCACGAUUGACCGCUCGCCGUCGAGCGACGCCGCGCCAAGAUGCUCCACGCGUGCCGCUAUCAUUGGCCGGAGCGUGCGGCGGGCAGCCGCAGAAACUUUUCAGCUGACCAGCCUCACGGUGCAGCUGCUACAGUUCCUCGGUCUCGGUCUCAACUGGAUGUCCAAGUUCUUUCUCCUCAUGACCUACUCGCUGUUGCUCAUGCCCGGCUUCCUGCAAGUCAUGUGGUACUAUUUCUUCUCCCCCAACGUCCGUCGGAGCAUACCCUACGGCCGACUGCCGCGCAACAGCUUGGAUAUAUUCGUCCCCGCCAGCCCCUCCCCCCGCCCUCGUCCCGUCGUUAUCUUCAUAACCGGAGGCGCGUGGAUUAUAGGAUACAAGGCGUGGGGCACUUUAUUAGCGCAGGCGUUAGAGGAACGCGGCGUGAUUGUAGCGAGUAUAGACUACAGGAACUUCCCGCAGGCCACCGUUAGCGGCAUGCUCGACGACGUGACACGUGGCAUCGGCUGGGUGCUGCAAAAUAUCCACCGGUACGGCGGGGACCCGAGUCGCGUGCACCUGGCGGGGCAGUCGGCCGGAGCGCACUUGUCGUCUGUGGCGAUGAUAAGACAGGCUCUUAUGCGCGCUUCGGAGGCGCCGCCGUCGGAACAGCAGCACAAUCUGUCGCCUUUCGGUAGCAACUUGCAGCAGCCGCAACAACAACAUCAACAACAGGAGCAAAAGCAGCAGCAGGCGGCUAUGGAAGGCGAAAGCUCGUGUACAGGGGUAGUUGUUAGUGUAGCAGAAACAGCUGCAGGAAAGACGGCAAUUCGUUAUCCGUCUGUAUCCCUUGCUCCCUUCGCACCAGCUGCUGCUUCCGCGAAGGUUCAUCCUGUCGACGCCUGGAGGAUUUCCGCUUCCGCCUCUCCCGAAUCUGCCGCUGUCACUAUUUCCGACGUCCCCGUUACAAGUUUCUCCGAUUCUGGAUAUCGCGCCCCUGCCGCCUUCCCCGUUCUGGCCACUUGCGCCGACUCUGGUCUUCCCGCGUCCCCCUCCCCGCUCCCCGCCGCUGCUGUCUUUCCACCCGUCGCUUCCGCCGGUUCCCCCGCGGACCCGCAAGCAGCGCCAGCCGCGGAAGUGCUGCGCGCGGAGGGGCUGUGCGCGGAAGUGCUGCGCGCGGGGAACGCGCCGUUCCGCUCGCUGUCGAUGCGGAGGCUGCUGGCGCAUCUGGCGGGGAGUGGCGGAGCGGAGGGGAACGAGCCGGGGAGGGGCGUGCUUGACGUGUGGGGCAGUGAGCAGAUCAAUUCUUUUAUUGGCGUCUCAGGAUGCUACAACCUCAUCAACCUGGCACCGCAAUUCGAGUCCAGGGGCAUGAACCCCUACCUCUUCCUCUCCAUAUUCGAGGGCGAGGAGGCUCUUCCUCUCUUCUCCCCCGAGCUCCUCGUCUCCCGCCCCACCUUCAAGGCUGCCGCAUCCCUGCUGCCCCCUGUACACCUCUAUCACGGGGUAGACGAUAUAUCUGUUCCUUUCACUGCCAGUGAGGACUUUGGAGCAGCGCUGCAAACAUCAGGGGUGGAGACGAGAGUGAAGCUGUACAGCGGCAAGGGGCACAUCGACCUCACUCUUCAGGAUCUGUUUCGGGGUGGCAGAGACGAGCUGGUGGAAGAUAUUUUGGACAUAGUGCAUGGUGUGGAUCGGCACAGCCCCGUCCACACCCACAGCCACCAAUCAGAUUCUGCCACAUCAGCAACGGAUCAUGCAGCAGAAGCUGCAUCUCCUGCAAGGCCUGCCCGUAAUGCGUCCACCGGAGGAGCCGUUUCUGCCUCUCAAGCCACCGCUGCUAUGCCACCUGGACUGGGUGGUUAUGCAACGUUUCAGGGAUCAAUUCCUGCUGCUGUCAUUGUUCCUGGAGAAGUCGCUGCCCAGUGCCCACCAGGGCAGUGUUGCGUUGCUGGGGAGACGAGUUUCAGUUAUCAGGAUUCUGAAAAGCUAACUGCACAUGUUGGAGAUGGCAUGCACGCUGCUGCUGGAGGGUGGUUGCCAAGGCAGGGAAUGCAAGGGCCGGUGGCUGUGGGGCGGAGAGCAGAAUCACUGGGACCAGAGCGCAAGUGGAUGGUUCCGAAAGUGCUGCUGAGUGCAGCUAAAUUCAUUAGCCCGUUUUAG